GCCUGCGGCGCCAUGGAGCCCGGCGGGGCCGGGGAGCGGCGGCGGCGGCUGCAGGGGCUGCGGCGGGAGGCGGCCGAGUACUACCGGGGGCAGGGCGUGCCGCAGCGGCUGGAGGAGGCGCUCAACGCCCUCUUCCCGCGGCGCCCCGCCGACCUCUACGGGGAGAUGGCUAACUACUUUACUAAAUUGUCAAAAGUUCCAGUAAUAUGCAAAGUAGUUGGAAGAAAAGUUCUUGAUGGAGUUGGUCUGCCAACAUUAGAAGUGGAAAUACACUGUACAGUUAAAAACUAUGAGAAGAGGAUCUGUUCCAUUAUAGUACCUUCUCAUUUUCAAAUACCUGACAAUGCUUUACCUGAAACAAAUGAAGAUGAUGAGAAAGAAAGAAAUUCCUCUGUUAACACUGCUGUGAAAUGGGUGAAUGAAUCCCUGGACACAAUGUUGAGAGACUUGAAGCCCACUGACCAGUGUGAAGUUGAUAAAAUGCUUGGUGAAUAUUUUAUAAGAAAAGUAGAAGAAGAAAAAGAAAUUAAAAAACAAGACAAAGCAGAAGAUGCAGAAGUCACCCUUGUUUCAUGCACUUCAUCAGCAACAACACUACCUGGGAAAAAAAAGGCAGAAAAACCAGGAAAGAAGGUGUCAGUUGUAGAGAGAAUGAUUCCACCUGCAGAACCUGAUGAACCUGUGCUCUGUGGCAGCUUAGCCAUUGGGGGAACAUCACUUGCUAUAGCUAAGGCUGGUGCCACCAUUAGCCAUGUCCCCUUGUACUUACAUAUUGCACUGCUGAAACAUGAGCAGGAAUCACCUAAAGAAAUGACUCUGCCAAUCCCAAUGUUUAAUCUCUUGAACUGUGAAAAAAAUACAUCUGCAAAACUGAAGUUAGUGAAAGAAAUUAUGCUUGUACCACCAGUCCAUUUAUCACUUGAACAGGGCACACAAAGAGUUCUGGAUAUUCAGAAAGAAAUGGUGAGACUGAUGGAUCCUCCAAGCAAAGCGUCCACUUCUCAAGCAGCAGACAGUAAGAAAGGCAAAGCACAUAGUGCAGGGAAGAAAGCUCCGCCACAAGCCUUAAAAAGAGUAUCACACUUAGGCUGCCUAAUAAUAGGAUGUGAUCAUCUGGAACAACUGCUGCUCAUAAUACAAACAGCUUGUGAUAAAAUAGGACUGCAGUUAGGAACAGACAUGUAUUUAGCAAUAAAUUGUGCUGCUCAUGAAUUAAUGGAUUAUGUUAAAGGAAAAUACGAAACACUCACUGGAACGUUCAAAAGUCCUGAUGAAAUGGUUGACAUGUAUGUGGAACUGAUUAAUAAAUUUCCUUUUAUUAUUGCAUUGAUAGAUCCCUUAAGGAAAGAGGACCAACAACAAUGGAAUAAAAUAUGCUGUGCUCUUGGUUCCAAAUGUUACCUGAUUGCUGAAGAUGCUGCCAGGUGCAUUUCCAGACUGAAAACUGAUCAAAUGAUAAACAUACCAACCUGCAGUGGUCUUGUCCUAAAAUACAUUAACCAAACCAAGGUGUCAGACCUCAUAGAACUUACUGGACAUCUAGAUGAUCAAAGACAAAUUACCAUAUUAGGAAGUCCAGAUGGAGAAUCUUCUGAUGAUAGCCUUGUGGAUCUGGCGGUGGGACUGGGUGCCAGGUUCAUCAAGUUGGGAGGUCUUUUACGGGGAGAAAGGGUGACCAAAUACAACCGCCUCCGUGCUAUAGAGGAAGAACUGGCCAAGAAUAGAACCCUACGUCAAGCAAGUCUGGAAUUUACUGCUUUUGCUGAAGAAUCAGAGCCAGAAAAACAACUUUCUGAUAUACUUCCUCUCCCAAAGCAGGGUUUGUUGCCUCUACAGCUCUCAGCCAGACCUGGAGGUUCUCAGCCUGCUCUCCUCCCAGAGAACAGCACACUGACCUGGGUUGUCAACGUUAACUUUUGCACAGAUUUCUUAAAAAAAAAAAAAAUCUAGUAAGAAACUCAUAUGUUAACUACUUCUUAAUCCAUUUAUUUUCAAGCACUUACUUUGGUUAAUGUUUUCAAAAGCAUUCAGAUACCAGCUUCUCUUUUCCCAAGAGACUGUGGCUUUCAGCUGAAACCAAGUUAACUGAGCAGCAGCUACAGUUUGAAAACAGCACAAAAUUCUGUGCUGUAUUUACAAAUUGACAAAACAAAUGCUUCUAUGUUAGAUCUAAAACGAACUGUUUGUUUUGGGAAAGUCAAAGUCUCUCUCCAUACAAAGAGCAAGCUAUUGACAAACAGUAAAAAAACCCCACGAAAACAAAACACAACAACCAAACACAUUUUACAAAAAAAAAAACAAAGGCCUUGACUGUUUUGCUGCUCCAUCCCCCCACACACUCUCAAUGCUGCCCUUAGAUGGAGCCUACAAGGGAAAUGUUGCUCCAGUUCUAGCUAUCAGUGCAUCAAGCCCCAAAUGUAGGGCACAAAGCUGUAAUUGGCAUCACCAGGAAGCUCGUCAGAGGCAGGGAAUAACCAGUCAAUUUCACAACGGCUGGGAAACUUGUCAGGAGUCUUUUUAAUAAGCAACAGUGAAAAGAUAAAUAAUUUACGUCCUCGGUAACAAACAGUUGAAGUAAAAGAAAUACUUCUUUAAAAACUUCUGGGGUUUGCAUAAUUUGAACAUAUAAUACAGCAGCAGUAAGUUGAGGAAAAAUACAUAUAUAAAAUGUUGCAUUUUAAAUUCAGUGUAACAGAUACUUCAAUGGAAAAUUAACCACCAGAACCAAUCGCCCCCCAGAAAUGAAGAUAACAAUGAGAGACAAAUUUCCCCAGGUUUAGGAAUUAUAUGCAGUUCAGUAAUGAGACUGAGUCAAAGAUUUUCUUAGCAAACAUGCAAAAAACACCAAAAAAGAUGUGAAACUACCACACUCAUUGCUAGAAUUUUAUUUUUAGGAAGAGCACCAGAAAGUUGCAUGCAGAGCCAAACCAGCAAACUCAGAACAUUCAUCCUUCAAUACUAUCACUGUUUCAAAUCAUUAAAUAAAAAAUAACCCAAGUGCAUUCAAGUACUUGACCAGCCAGUUUCAGUUACUCCCAUCUUUAGGUAAAUCCCUGAUUACAUUUGUUCACUCAUUAUAAAAGAACAAGAUACUGUGUUGAAUUUAAAAGGAGACUACAAUGGAAUGUGAGUUGGCAGUGGAGCAAGUCAGUUACAUGCCCACCUCACUGCCUUCAUGGGAGAGAAGGGCUGAGGGAAACUGGGAUUUGUGGCAUCAGAUACAAAUAUCUGAAGUGUUACCUAAUAAAGAAAUUCACUCCA